AUGCACGCUACUUCCUGUCCGAAUAUCUACAUUACUUACCGACCACUAACACGACCUGCCCUACUCUCUCUGUUACCGUCACUCGUCGUUUUUAUUUGCUUGCGAACUCGCAAGAAUGAAAAAUGGCAGUAUCUAUCUAUCUAUCUAUCUAUCUAUCUAUCUAUCUAUCUAUCUAUCUUAUCUAUCUCAGUCCGUUUCUUUCUUUCUUUCUUUCUAUCUAUCUAUUUCCAUGUUCCUAUCUAUCUAUUUCUGUCUAACUAUCUAUUUCUAUCUUCCUAUGUAUUUCUGUUUCUAUCUAUCUAUUUCUGUUUCUAUCUAUUAAUCUAUCUAUUCUUAUGUUCCUAUCUGUUUGUGUUUCUUUUUAUCUAUCUAUCUAUCUAUCUAUCUAUCUAUCUAUCUAUCUAUCUAUCUAUCUACCUACCUACCUACCUACCUGGGCACCUCGACGUGGUGUAA